GGGGUGGGGUGGAAGGAGGAAGAUGGCGGCGGCGAUGGCGGUGGAGGAUGAGCUGAGACAGCAGGAGAGCGGCGAGGAGGUGGAGCGGCAGCCGGCAGCACCAGCGCCGUGUGCCCCGGUAACGCCUUUGGCGGUGGGCGCCGGCGACCAGGAGCAGGUGGAGGCCGUCGGAGGAGGGAGGCGGACAGAUGAUUUUGGAAUAGAGACAGCAGAGGAAGCCACAGAACCUUCAGAACCAGACAUCAAUGAACUCUGCAAGGACAUGUUUACCAAGAUGUCUCUCUACUUACAAGGAGAACUCACAGCUACCUGUGAAGAUUACAAACUCUUGGAGAACAUGAACAAACUGACUGGCCUUAAAUACCUAGAGAUGAAAGAAAUUGCUCUUAAUAUUAACCGCAACCUCAAAGAUCUCAAUCAGAAAUAUGCCAGUCUGCAGCCAUAUCUUGAUCAGAUUAAUCAGAUAGAGGAACAAGUCGCAGCACUCGAGCAAGCAGCCUACAGAUUGGACGCAUAUUCCAAAAAGCUAGAAGCCAAGUUUAAGAAAUUGGAAAAACGAUGACUUUGGCAGGUUUUAAAGUGUCACAAAACUAUGUUUAUCCUUGAAUGGAUAUAGCACAAGACAUUGGAAAAAUAACUGGAGAACUGAUAAUACUUGUGGUCAUGGAGAUUAUUGGUGAGUUCUUCAGUGACCAAUCUGCAAAGAUUGAACAGUUGCUGUUUUGUGACAGCCCCCCGCCCAACUUGACUGUAGAGGGAAAUGGAUGAACAAAGUAGAGGUUUUGGAUCCUCGGCCACUAUUACUGCCUCUUCAGGAGAAUAGAAAACCUCUACUGUGAAAACUACUUAAGAAUUCAGCUUGGUGAACUGACUUUUCAUGAUUUAAAUAAAUUGUUCCUCCACUGUGACUACUAGGGGCGAAGCCACCGGGUCUGUUCCCAACAAGAGGAAAAGAAUGAAUAAUAGCCUACAAGUUAUUAUUCCACCCUUUCUGUGGGCAGAACUUCCAAACCUUAUUCGGCAAAGGUAGUAGUUAACAAUGAUCUUAUUGGUUAAUUAAGGUAAAUACUUAUUAAAUAACAUUCAUUAAGUGUAUUUACUUGUAAUGGUUCAUUAACUCUGACUUGAAAGACAUUGGUGAGUGAUGCAAUUUUAAAAAGAGAAUGUGAACUUGGUGCGUAUAAAAAUAGAAAGUGUGCAGUGUAAUGAGUGAAAACAUUCUAAGAUCAUCUGCAAAAGUCCAAAAUGCAUUUGUGUGUGUAGAGUAAAAUUGGUCUUGAUCUUGUAAAUAUUUGCACAGGUUUGCACAUCCUGUUCACAACCGCCACUGGGUUAAAUCUUCAGUAAGUAAAUUUGGGGUCUGUACUACUCGGAUUCUGACAGAUGCCUUAUUAUCUGCAUUAAUAGAACCUACCAUGAUAUUGUGAAAAUAAUCAGUUUCAAAUAUGAGUUACAAAUCAGUGAUGUUAAGAGUUCAUGACACGUGUAAAACAAAUUCUUUUCUCUUUGUAAACCUGCUUUUCUAAAUAUUCAGUUACCCUGAGAAAUGUUAGCACUUCCUUCUAUUGAUUAUCACUUCCUCUUCCUCCCUGUUUGCUUUUCUAAUUUCUGGUAUCAGUGUUCUCUUUCCCUGUCCUGAUACAUCAGUUUCUGGUAUUGUUUAGUAACUUGUUCACUGAUUGACACUUGUAAGUCAUUAUCAUUGCUGAACCCUGUUCCUUUUCAGAUUCAUGAUGGCCAAUCCUAUCUGCUGUCUGAUUAGUGUCUGUGGUUUUAUCAGUGGGCCUUUGCAGCCUUCUGGGUCCUGCCUGAAAUGUUAACUGCUGUAUGCUUUUGUCCUUCCAGACAAUAAGCUGGUUGGCUGUUUCCAUUUGUCUCCGUUCACUUCUGUACAGAAGUUUCACAUGUUUGGAGAAUUUAUUUAAUCUGUCUGCAGCAGUCAGUGACAAUGCUGCACCAAAAGUGAAGAGUGAUGUUUGGCUAAGAGUCUAGUUUGUAAUCAGUUGUAUAGUAAAACAGGCCAUUUUAUCUAAAAUGACAUUUGUACUCCAUACUAACCUUUUCUCCCCCGUCUUUAAUUCCCCAACAUAUCCUUCUGUUAUUUUCUCCUUACAUUUAAUUAGAGAUUUUUAAAAAAUAAAUCCCCAUUUAAUUUAUUAUUCUUGUCUUUCUGGCUUCCAUUUAAGUUCAUUGGUACACAGAAGUAUCUUCUGUCAGCCUCCCCUGCCUUGAUAAUGUUAAAAGCAUCUCCUUGCGUGAUUCUUCUUUAGUAGCAGCCCCAGCCUGUGCAAUCUUUCCUACCAGAUAUAAACUUGCUCAAGUAAUAUCCUCAUACAUCUUACUGCCCUUUCUCCACUACUCUAACUGUUAUCGCUGGCCAUGCUCUUCGGUAAGGCUCCACAGCUUCACUCUUUGUUGCACAGUGCUGUGCUAUCAUAAGAUAGUAUAGUAGGCUGGGUGUGUGCAACAGGACUUCUAUUUAAAAUUGGGUGGUUACUAUAUGUACUGUACAUUUUUUGGCAAUGGUUCAGAAGAAUGGUCAUGAAUUUUACUGCCUUUUGAUCAGUCUCGUAUAGUAGAAUCUUGAGUGCUAAUCUGUUUGAGAACAAAGUCCUGUGUGUAACUGAAACUGAGAAUAAUAGUUGCAAUUGUACAAAAAUAAACAAUAAAGUUCUGAAUUUGAAAAUUA